UGUGUUUGAACAAAAGUUUUCAAACAUCAUUAAAGAUCAAUGAAUUAUACACAACUAGCAGUUCAAUAAGAUAGUGUAUAACAUUCCAUUGAAAAUCCCUUAAAACAAUGCCAGUAAAUUCCAGUUAAAACCAAUUUUCUUCAGUCAACAGAGGCAGUGGUGAACACUUUGGGCUCCGUGGCUAAGAGAAUAGACAGCCCAAACCAAGCAGCUAAAUGUGCCUCAGCCAUCAAAACAAUGACCAGUAAUCAAGACAUUGUCAAUGAAGGUUCACGGUCUUCUGCAGCCGGGGCCUUCAUGGUUCUAGCCAACGGUACAUCCAAUAUGCCCGAAGCAACUGUAGAAGAUGCGUCCAGUUUCGCUGGAGAAUGUCUCGGUGGAUUAGGAAAUAUUUUUCCAAAGAGUCCAACUACAAAACCAGGUCAAACAGUUCUCACGGCGGAUGAAACCACAACAGCACUUCUAAUUACUUUGACCACAACUCGCCCAGGUACAACCCUCGCAUUCAGCGGCAACCUCACCACACCUUUCUCCCUCGUUGACUCCAGAAACAACGCCUCAUCCUACAGCACGAAAUCUGUCACCUCGCCGACAGCGGGGCUCUACCAGGACACCAAAGCUACGCCCAUGCCUACAACAACGAUGACGACUGUCAUGAACACGCCACUCACCACCGUCAUCCAUACCACCGUGGGGACGACGUUGUCGCCGACUGUGGGGGCGUCCUUUGCUGAUAAUGGGGACAACUUUACAAUCAGCGGUGUUACUGUCGGGACGCUUCAAUUAAAUGCAUCGAAAGACUAUACGACUCCCCAACCAUUCACCACAUCAACCAUUGGGACAACCACACCUUCAACACCUGAAUCUCCGGUAACAUUGCCUAUCGAUAACAGGAUGUUCGAGCCUCGCAGUGACCCACGAAGCCCGUCCCAGAUAGCACAAGAACUUCUCCGGAACCUGCCAGACAAAGACACGUACAGGGAACUGUUCUUUUACAUCUUCAGUGACUGUCUGCUGUUCCGUCAAGUCAUGAAGUCACCUGAAAUACAAUACAACAUACCUUGCCUUUCCACAGACGCUAUCAAUAUGAUGAAGUGUGAUGGGGAGUUCACUCUCCAGGACCGUGUCUUUGACAUCAUGACCUACUAUGAACAUCCUGAUGACAUUUACGAGGUUUACCUGCAACCACUGGACAUAGCAAGGGAGGCAAGAGACAAGGCCAGGAAAGAAACGGAUAAAACAGUGGCUAAUGCCGGACUGACAGCGCUGUCUACAGUGGCGGACUCGAUUGGAAAUAAAACACAUCCAGAGGACACAACCGAACGCUCAUUCGCCACGCCAAGACUUGGGAUGAAGUUAGCCAAGGUCUCCGUUGAUAACUCCACAAAUAUAACUGAUUCAUCCAAUAACACACAAACUAUGUCUCUGCCCACUGGAGGCUUCGAUGUCCCCAAAAGCAUAUUUCAAGGUUCUGCCUCUGGAUGUGCCAAUGUUAACACAAUGUUUCUAGCAGAUUCCGAUAACCCCUUCACAUUUGCAGAUACUGAUAAUAAUGUAGGUAGAGGAGUUCUCUCCCUUGCCUAUACUUGUAACGGAGAGCGAAUCAAUGUGUCCGGAACCCAAGAACCUAUUGUCUUAUGGAUGGAACGGGACGCCAACAUGUAUCAAGAAAGUCUGUUCGUGCUCAUCACCAACACCAAGACUGAUGUGUGGUCAAACUUCAACUACCAUCCCGUCAACUUGACCGAGACAAACUCCUCUUUACAGGUUAUACUUGAGCCCCAAGAUGCUGAUUCUGAAUAUUACGUCUACCUAAAGUUCGGGGAGAGACCUAACGUCACCUACUAUGACUAUAUUGGCUUUAGUCCCAACGAUGAGGUCACGAAAUUGUCUGGAUAUCAGUCGCUGAAUGACUCACAGAAACAACAAUUAAGAUACACAGUCACAUUUCCGCUAGAUCUAACAUCAAGCAAUGGAACUUACUGGAUCGCAGUCAAAUACAAACGAGGCAACAUACAACUUGCUGACACAACUGCCAACUCCAGCUACACUUUACUGAACCUCGUUUCGGGCUGCCGGUUCUGGGAUGAUGAGAACAACACAUGGUCGUCAGAAGGAUGUCAGGUUGGACCCCUGACCACCAAGUACAGGACGCAAUGUCUGUGUAAUCACCUGACUUCGUUCGGUACAGACGCCGUGGUUGCCCCUAACACCAUCGACUUCACUAACGUGUGGGCCAAGUUCGACAAACUGAGUGAGAAUGCUGCAGUGUUCGCUACAGUUAUCUCCCUUGUCUGCUUAUACUUGAUUCUGUUGAUUAUCUUACGAUAUUUCGACAAACUGGAUCUCAUCAAGUGGGGCGCCAUCCCCCUAGAAGAUAACCUGCCUACAGACAGCUACUUCUACCAGGUGACUGUUCAGACGGGAGUGAAGAGAAACGCAGGCACUGACUCGCAAGUCCGUUUCAUUGUAUCCGGAGAGGAAGGCGAUUCUGGAGUUCGCCGUCUGACCGUCGCUGAAGGCAAGAGAAAGCACCUGGCCACUGGGUCCAUCUAUAAUUAUGUCAUGAGCGUUGACUCUUGCCUGGGCCCCCUCAACUUUCUCAGGAUCUGGCACGACAACAGUGGCAAAGGGAAAAAUCAAUCCUGGUACCUUGACCAGGUACAGAUCAAUGAUCUCCAGACAGGAGAAAGGUUCAUCUUUCUAUGCGACCGAUGGUUGGCAGUGGAGGAGGAUGACGGCCUGGUGGACAGGAUACUUCCGGUGGCCGGGUUGGAUGACCUCAUCGCCUUCAAGCAGCUCUUCUCUUCGUCUGCAAGGAAAAAACUGGCCAAUGACCACCUGUGGGUGUCCGUCUUCUCUCGACCAACACGGAGUAACUUUACACGUGUCCAGAGAUUAUCAUGCUGCAUGUCGCUCCUCUUCUUGACCAUGAUCACCAACGCCAUGUGGUUUAAAGGGGCGGAAACCCAAACUAACGUGGAGGCCAUUAAAAUUGGUCCUUUGACUUUUACUUUAGCACAGGUUUUCAUCAGUUUUGCCAGCACCAUCAUCGUGUUCCCCCCGAGUUUCUUAAUGAUGACACUUUUCCGCAAAUGUGAGCCAAAGAAAAACAUGGUGGCGCAAGCCAACCAGGCACAGGUGAAGGACAACCGGAAGUUCCGUUGGAGGAAUAUCUCGGCCUCGACGUCACAGCUCUGGGGAAGUAAACCAAAAGAAAGCAGAAUAGUCCAGUUCAAAGAGAAGAUAACUCAAUUCAUCAACUCGUUCAAAAAAAGAAAGUACCAGGAUGUGGAACCGGCCAGCAGUGACCGAAGCGAUGGCCAGUUUCUGACACCAAAGAAAAAGAAACCUUUCACUUUCCCUCACUGGUGUAUCUACAUUGCCUGGACACUAUGUUUCCUCAGCAUUUUGGUGUCUGGAUUUUUCACCAUCCUUUACAGUAUGGAGUGGGGUACAGAAAAGGCUAACCAAUGGCUGACUACAUUUUUAUUGUCAUUUUUUGAGUCAGUUAUCAUUGUACAACCUAUAAAGGUCCUGCUUCUGGUAGCAUUCAUUGCAUGCAUCUUGAAGAAACCUGAGCUUGAAGAUGAAGAUUUAGAUGAAGACAUCAACAGAGUGUUGGUAGGCAAAGAGACAGCUGACUCCAAAGAUGAAGCAAGUUUAUCGCAAAUCAUGUUGCAAAGAAGAACAGACAACUCCGAGCUGCAGCCUCCAGACCCGGAACUUCUGGCCAAACUGCGCGAGACCCGUAUGAUGGAAAUAAAAAUGGAGACAGUCCUGAAGGAGAUCAUAGUCUACAUGAUCUUUCUGGUCAUCAUUUUCUUCUUGUCCUACCAGCAGCGGGACCCGCAGUCCUACGCAUAUAACACCAAUGUCAGGGGGGUACUUCUGGAUAAAUUUGAUAAGAUUGUGACAAUACAGGAUUACUGGACCUGGUUACAAGAGAAUUUCCUGCCGGCAUUCUAUGCUCAACAAUACGCAGACGGAAAUGACGUCAGAUACUGGCGGGAUGUGGCCUGCAUCGCUGACAUGGAGAGCAGAAGAGUGGGAGUAGCAAGGAUAAGACAACUCAGAAUUAAAAAUGACACAUGCAGCAUACAGAGCGAGCUCAAGUCAGUCAUCAACCACUGUCGCGAUAGCUAUGGUUGGACAGCAGAUGACACAAAGCCUUAUCUCCCUUUUUGGGAAACACCAGCAGAUGACAUGAAGAAAGAGCUGGAGAUGUCCAAAUCUCCAUUUGUUUAUCAAGACUCCAUAGAUCUGAAAACCGCACCAUUUGUUGGAAACAUCGCCACAUACAAAGGUGGGGGCUACGUCAUUCUCACCAGACGAACUUAUGGUCGAACAGCAGCCAUAGUGGACAAAGCCAAGUCGGAGAACUGGGUGGAUCUCAACACCAAGGCUAUCUUUCUAGAGUACACCAUCUACAACCCGAAUGUCAACUUGUUUACAUCUGUGACUGCAUUGGUUGAGUUCUUACCGACCGGUUCAGCUGUCACAAUGGCAGAUGUCAAAGUCUUUCGACUGAUGAGCUACAUCGGCGGAUUCGGAGUUAUCGUUCUUGUGUUUGAGAUCUUCUUCGGAAUAGUUUCAAUUAUAUUUUUUGUCCAGUGCAUCAAGAAAGUAAGGGUCCAGAGGAUAGCAUACUUUGCCGACUUCUGGAACAUUCUUGAGUUUGUUCUUCUUUGUCUAGCGGUGACAUGCAUCGUACUGUACGGCUUUAAACAUGUCCUGACCGAUGUAGCCAUUAGCGCACUACAGAACAGGAAGUCAGACGGCUUUGUGAACUUCAAUACCAUCGCACUGUAUGAUGAGCUGUAUGGAUUUGUGAUGUCAGCUGUGGUCUUCCUGGCAACAAUACAGUUCCUAAAGCUACUGCAGUUCAAUAAAAAGAUGGGCAUGCUUGGUGCUACGGUGAAACUGGCCUCCAAAGAUCUCUACUUGUUCUCCAUCACGUUUUUCUUGUACUUUUUUGCCUUCACGGCUACUGGCUUCCUUCUGUUCUGCAGCCAGCUGACCAGCUACCAGAACGUUGUUAGCACAGCCGAGGCCAUGUUCGCCUUCGCACUGGGCAGUUUUGACUUCAACGAGUUGUCUGCCGCUCAACCUUUCUGGGGACCUCUGUUUGUAUUUGCCUACAUUGGAGUUGUCUACAUUGGCUUGAUGAGCAUCUUUCUGACUAUCAUUGGGGAGUCCUUCUCACAAGUCAAAGAAAAUGUUGCACUGCAGAGCAAUGACUACGAGCUGGUGGAGUUUAUAUGGACUAAGAUCAAAGUACUGUUUAAAUAGUCAUAGCAGAGCAAAGUACUGUUUAUAUAGUCAUAGCAGAGCAAAGUACUGUUUAUAUAGUCAUAGAAGAGCAAAGUACUGUUUAUGUAGUCAUAGCAGAGCAAAGUACUGUUUAAAUAGUCAUAGCAGAGCAAAGUAUUGUUUAUAUAGUCAUAGCAGAGCGAAGUACUGUUUAUAUAGUCAUAGCAGAGCAAAGUACUGUUUAAAUAGUCAUAGCAGAGCAAAGUACUGUUUAAUAAGUCAAAGAAGAGCAAAGUACUGUAUAAAUAGUCAUAGCAGAGCAAAGUACUGUUUAUAUAGUCAUAGCAGAGGGAAGUACUGUUUAAAUAGUCAUAGCAGAGCAAAGUACUGUUUAAAUAGUCAUGGAAGAGCAAAGUACUGUAUAAAUAGUCAUAGAAGAGCAAAGUACUGUUUAAAUAGUCAUAGCAGAGCAAAGUACUGUUUAAAUAGUCAUAGCAGAGCAAAGUACUGUUUAAAUAGUCAUAGCAGAGCAAAGUACUGUUUAAAUAGUCAUAGCAGAGCAAAGUACUGUUUAAAUAGUCAUAGCAGAGCAAAGUACUGUUUAAAUAGUCAUAGCAGAGCAAAGUACUGUUUAAAUAGUCAUAGCAGAGCAAAGUACUGUUUAAAUAGUCAUAGCAGAGCGAAGUACUGUUUAAAUAGUUAUAGCAGAGCAAAGUACUGUUUAAAUAGUCAUAGCAGAGCGAAGUACUGUUUAAAUAGUUAUAGCAGAGCAAAGUACUGUUUAAAUAGUCAUAGCAGAGCAAAGUACUGUUUAUAUAGUCAUAGCAGAGCAAAGUACUGUUUAUAUAGUACUAAAUGUACAAAACUUAAUCACUGAUUAUUAAAAUAGUACAGUUUGCAGUUGUGAUAAUGAUAUAAAAUUUUUAACACCAAGUGAUUUCACGUGAAAAUAAUUUACUAAAUUGGACAGUCGGAACUAUUAUACAGUCUGACUUUUUCUUCUUCAAUAAUUUACUACAUUGUACAGUCGGAACUAUUAUACAGUCUGAGAUUUUCUUCUUCAAUAAUUUACUACAUUGUACAGUCGGAACUAUUAUACAGUCUGAGAUUUUCUUCUUCAAUAAUUUACUACAUUGUACAGUCGGAACUAUUAUACAGUCUGAGAUUUUCUUCUUCAAUAAUUUACUACAUUGUACAGUCGGAACUAUUAUACAGUCUGAGAUUUUCUUCUUCAAUAAUUUACUACAUUGUACAGUCGGAACUAUUAUACAGUCUGAGAUUUUCUUCUUCAAUAAUUUACUACAUUGUACAGUCGGAACUAUUAUACAGUCUGAGAUUUUCUUCUUCAAUAAUUUACUACAUUGUACAGUCGGAACUAUUAUACAGUCUGAGAUUUUCUUCUUCAAUAAUUUACUACAUUGUACAGUCGGAACUAUUAGACAGUCUGAGAUUUUCUUCUUCAAUAAUUUAC